AAACCAAAGUUGAUCCAAAGCCACGUUUACCAGUUCAAGGCAGACAAAUCUACCAGUAUUAUAUCUAACCAUAAACUUACAACUUCUGAAUUAUCCUUUUUGUUUUGUUCAGUUUAUAAAACUCACCUUCCACAAUUAAUGGAGUCAUAAGCUGAUCUAGAUAGAGGUUAAUAGAUUACAGAAAACAUGCAAGAACUUACUUCUACGUUCGUCUCUCGUUCCCUCGUCCCGACCACUUACACACGACCUCAACUACGACCAAAGUCAAUAGUUACCAUGGCCGUUUGCAUGGACCAAUCACGCAAGGAGAAAGUGGUUGUCAUAAUGGGAGCCACGGGGACAGGCAAGUCACGUCUCUCAGUCGCCCUAGCAGGUCGUUUCUCCGGAGAGAUCAUCAACUCUGACAAAAUGCAAUUCUACAACGGACUGGAGAUCGCCACUAAUCAAAUCACUAUCCCUGAGCGGUGCGGAGUCCCUCACCAUCUACUCGGCGAGCUUCCUGUAGAUGACAGCGAACUAACUGCCUCCGAGUUCCGCUCUGUGGCGUCACGGUCUAUCUCUGAGAUAUCCUCUCGUGGGAAGCUCCCGAUAAUAGCAGGAGGAUCUAACUCUUUCGUACAUGCCCUCCUUGUAGAUCGUUUUGACCCCGUAACCAAUCCAUUCUCUUCUAAGCCGUCCAUUUCUUCUGAGCUGAGGUACGAUUGCUUCUUCCUCUGGGUAGAUGUCUCGGUCUCAGUUCUGUACGACUACCUCUCAAAACGUGUCGACCAAAUGAUGGAGUCGGGAAUGUUCGAGGAGCUCGCAAAUUUCUAUAACCCUAGAAACUCCCGGUCCACAAUCCGAACCGGGAUUCACCGGGCUAUAGGAGUACCGGAGUUCGACCGGUACUUCGGAGUCUACCCGCCGGAGAAAAGACACAAUGUGUUCGAGUGGGACCAAGCGAGAAAGGCGGCGUACGAGGAAGCAGUGCAUGAGAUCAAAGACAACACGUGGCGGCUUGCGAAGAAGCAGAUAGAGAGGAUCAUGAUGCUGAGAAGCAGCGGUUGGGAGAUUCACAGGUUGGACUCUACGGCGUCGUUAAGGGCAUCGUCAAGAGAGGUUUGGGAGACGAACGUUUUGAGGGAAAGCGUCAAGAAUGUUAAACGCUUCUUGCUUAAAGACUAGAGGAUUUAUAUACAUAUAUAAUAAAGAAAACUUAUGUGUAGUCUGUUUCAAAAAAAAAUUAUAGUUCAGCUACAU